CGCCAAUAGCGGGUUGCCCGCAACUGGUGGGGACCCAGUCCGUCAGUAAGGACGUGGAAACGAUAAUUACGUUCCACUGUUGGGGGGGGGUUCUAAUCACCCUACGAGGUUAGUCUGCUCUUGUGCGUCCCAUCUCUCCUUUUUGUUUCUUUCCGUCCGCGGACGCCUCGGCGCAAGGGGCCGAGCCUGCGGCGGCUGGGCCGGGCCCCCGGCUCUCGCGGCCGGCCGGGCCCUGAGAGCGGCGUAGCCCAACGCCGACCUCGCCGCCGCCCGCCCGCCCGCCCGCACCGGGACCGCCGCUGCUGUGCACGAUGCGAGGCCUCGGGCGGUGCCGCUCGGCGAGGCGGGCAUGGCGCGCUGGAGGGGCGUCGCGCUCCUGGGCGCCGCCCCUCCGGCCGCGGCCCCCCGCGGCCGGGAGGGGCGCGCCGGGCCGUGGCGCGGGGCGCUGGCGUCCUCCGUGCCGCCCUCCGCGCCGGCGCCCCGCGAGGGAGAGCGAGCGGCACGGACCACCGCACCCCCGCCGCGCCGCAGCUGCGCGCGGGGGUCGCCGCGUGCGCGAGGGGCGCACUGUGGCAGCGGGCGCUGGCGCUGCUCUGGGCGGCGCAGGAGCGCCGCGCCCGCCUGACCGCCCACGAGUACAGCUCCGCGAUGGACGCGUGCGGCAGGGCCCACCGCUGGCGGGGCGCGCUGGCGGUGGCGUCGGCGAUGCGCUCGGCGGCGGUCCUGCCCGACGCCGUCGCGUGGAACGCACAGGUGGCGUCCAUGGCGCGAUCCCAGCAGUGGGCCGGCGCGCUGGGCCUGCUGCGGCGGGCGCUGGGGCGUCCGGGGGGCGGCGCGGACGUGGCGGGCUGCAACGCGGCCCUCGGCGGGCUGGGGGCGGGCAGGAGGUGGCGGCAGGCGCUGAGGGUCCUCGAGGACCGGACGGUCGAAUCUCUGUUGCGUGAGCAGCGAGGGCGGUCGCCGACGCGGUCAAAAAGCCAGCGGCCGGCGCUGGGAUGUGGGUGCACACCAAGACGGUUGCCCGCUGGCGCGCAGAAUCUUUCGAGUGGCACCCUGCCGAUCGUCGAUCGAUGCGGCGCGGCAAUGCUGGCUUGCGCGAUUGCGUUGGGCCCCCACGGGCGCCCCGGAAGCCGCACACCAAAUGGUCACUCUAGCCUAGGGUCACUUCUCCUACGUGUAGUCGA